AUGAGCGAACCGAAUCAUCCUUCUAAGCAGCUUGCCACCGAUGAUAUUAUACAGCAGGCCGCCGACAAGCUCGUGGCCGCAACAGUAGCCAAAUCACCAGAGUAUGCAGUAGCAUUCCUCUACAGCACCUUACCAGCCACCGUAGACCACGCGUCCCAAUCUCCCGCCUCUCUUGACUUGAUGCUGCAGGUUUACGUCCAAGCCACCAGCUGGCUUCCCACCCAUGUCUCUAGCGAUAAUGGCAAAGGCCCAAAAGAAGCAAGUGGAGAUCUCAACUGGCGGAUUGCAGAAGAAGCGGGUUGUUUCAAUCCUCCUCCGCAACACGGGCACGCAGGCACAUCACCCGUAGCCGAUGUGUCGAAUACCCGGUUCUCAGAAAGCGAAGUGAGAGAGAGGAUGAGUGAUGUUCUUGAUAGAGUGCGGGAAUGGUCCGAAUGGAGAGAGUCGAGAGUGAAAUGGACAAUCAUGGCUGCGGCGAUGGGGCGAUGCUAUGCCUUGAACUUGAUGUGGGAAAGAGAGGGCAAGACUGCUAUUGCGCUAAUGGAUACGAGGCUAAACGUCUAA